AUGCCUUUAAUAACCAGUAGGAGAUUUUUUGAAUUAGGUGAUACUGUUUCGGCUCGGUGGUACAGUGCCCGGAAAGAAACUUGGGAGUUAGGUACAAUUAAAGAGAAGGUCGGUAGUAAAAUGUACAAAAUAUUUAUUAUAAAAUAUGAAGCAACAUGCAUUAGACAUAUAGAUCAGCUGUUAAAAUUUACAGGCAACGAUAAUUCAUUAAAAAUUAAUAACACUGUUAAUGUUGAGAGUCGCAAUUUUCAGUCUUUACCCUUGUCACCGUCUAUGCCCGUUAAUGCUCCUUUAUCCGAACCUUCUGUAGGCAAUCCUCGGUCAUCGACCAUAGUAGAGCAAACCGUUAAUACUGACGCAAUAGACCAUGAUAAUGGGGAAGAAUGGGGCGAUUAUUCGGCACAGGACAGCGUGGGAGACUCAACAGAGAUUCCGGAAGCGUCAGAUUCGCCUGAAGCUUCCGAAAACGGAGUCGAACAGCCUCAGAGCGAUUCUGUCCGCUCCAAUGACGUACCACCAGCGCAGGCACCGACACCCGCUAGUCAACUGCGCCCCCGGAAGAGGAUAGAUUAUAAGAAAUAUUUUUAA